AUGAAGUGUGGAAAGUUGCAGGUUGCUUUGGCCAGGAGAAAGUCAAUAAGACAAACUUUAUCUAUUGAAACAAAUCUUAAGAAAUGCCUCUCUACCUUCGAUCUCAUUUCAUUGGGGAUCGGAUGUACUUUGGGAUGCGGCAUAUAUGUGGUGACUGGUGAGGUUAUCAGGAACAUCACUGGACCAUCGGUCGUUCUGAGUUUUCUUAUUGCGGCUUUUGCUUCUAUGCUGGCAGCAUUCAGUUAUGCCGAGUUUGGAGCCCGUGUUCCGAGAGCAGGAUCUGCCUACAUUUACAGUUACGUGACAGUCGGAGAAGGAUGGGCGUUUGUAAUCGGCUGGAACUUGAUACUGGAAUAUGUUAUCGGAGCGGCAAGCACCGCAAAAGCCAUAAGUACGUAUUUGGAUUCGUUGAUGGGCAAGAAGAUAAGCACGGCCAUGGUGUCAGUUAUGCCCCUCAACACUCACUCGCUCUCUCCAUACCCUGAUUUCGUCGCGUUUGGUUUUGUUGCGUUGCUGACAGUCAUUGUUUGCAUCGGAAUACACGAAUCGUCAUUUCUGAACAACAUCUUUACCCUCAUAAACAUUUCUAUUCUCGUGUUUGUCAUUUUCUUUGGAGCAUUCCAGAUAGAUACUUCCAACUGGAGCAUACCGACUGAAAAGGUUCGUGAUGUUUCUAUAUGCCUAGCAUCUAAAAGCUAUCAACCAUCAGAUUACGGUACGGGCGGUUUCUUCCCGUUUGGUUACUUGGGCGUCAUGGCGGGAGCCAGCAUUUGCUUCUAUAGCUACAUCGGAUUUGAUGUCAUCACUGUCGCUGGUGAAGAAACUGUCAGUCCUCAAAAAUCAAUACCAAUAUCUAUCAUGGUGUCUCUUCUUGUCUGCUCUACUGCAUACGUUUUGCUCUCUGCGGUGCUGACCAUGAUGGUUCCUUACUACUCUCUCGAUCCGGAGUCUCCGAUAUCUUCUGCAUUUUCCCUCCUUGGAUGGAAAGUUCCGGCGAUCGUUAUUAACAUUGGAGCCGUCGUCUGUAUUAUUUCAAGUUUGCUGACAUAUGUCCUUGCCAUGCCCAGAAUAUUCUACGCCAUGGCAUCCGAUGGCUUGUUAUUCAAGUUUCUCGGAAAUAUUAACCAGAGGUUUAAAACUCCAGUCAAUGCAACGCUGGUUUCAGGAUUGUUCACAGGGAUACUGUCCAUGUUUUUUGAACUGAUAGACUUAGUUAACAUGAUGUCCAUAGGUACCUUGCUAGCGUACACGCUGGUGAGUAUAUGCGUUUUGUUGCUCAGAUAUAAACCAGAAGUUGAACAAAAGGAUAAUGAAAUGAGUAACAUAGUUCAUGCUGAAGCUGAUGAAAAGGACAUGGAAAUGGAAGUUGCCAACAAGAAAAGUUUCGUUAACAAGUUGAAAUGUUUGUGUUUUCUGUCACCAGAUUGCAGUUCAGCACCAAAUAAAAAGUCGUUUAUGAUUGUUUCCAUCUGUCUGGCACUCAUUGUGCUGCUGACUUUGCUGAACACGAUGAUGGCAUACUUGUGGUUCUAUGGUUGGAUACCCAGUCUGGUAGUCGUCAUUUGUUUCGUUGCUUUAUUCUUCUUAUUGACGGUUUAUUGCAUCAUCAUCAUAGCAAAUCAGCCGAAACAUAAACCUGAAUUAUCUUUUUUGGUGCCACUGGUUCCCCUUCUUCCCAUCGUCAGCGUCAUUGCCAACAUUUACCUCAUGCUCAACUUGUCCAAAAUGACUUGGUUGAGAUUUCUUAUAUGGAUGAUCAUCGGAAUUUUCAUCUACUUUGGAUACGGUAUGCACCAUAGUUCGGAAAUCAAUGAAACAAAAGAGCUGAAAACCGGCGCGAAAGAAGAUUAUAACAAACUUGAAGGAUUAAAUGAGGAAAGUAAAAUCGUUCCAAAUGAAAGUAUUGUUGUCACAGAGUAAUUCAACGCUGUCCGUUCUUGUUCUUCAUAUUCAGAAGUUCAACCAGUCGGGUUUAUAAUUUAGUCAUUGUUGUUUGAAUCAAUUAGUCACUUGUUCAAAAGUAUGUGAAAGUGUAUAUUAUUUAACCAAUUUUAAACAAAAAAUACAUUUUAUGUAUACGGUUAAUGGUUGCAAUCCUAGUUAAGAAGACUCCUUUCUUGAUAAGAAAACAAAAUUUCACACUAAUGACUAAAUUUUAUAUUAAAAGACAAGUGUGUGUGUCUGUG